AACAACUAAAGCAGCGUCUAUCUCCUCCCCUGUUGGCUCCUCCUCCAUCUUCUAAACCUAAAAAACAAACAGGCGACUGACUGACAGAUCUUCUUUCAAUCGCAGGGAGGGAGGGAAGGUAAGGUUCAAUCAGCCAGCCAGCCAGCAGGUAAUCAUGUUUUUGACAAGGGGGGUUUUUGGAAGGAGGCUGUUUUCAACAGCAGCAAGAUCAGAGUCUUCUGCAGCUGCUGGUACAGUGAGGACCACCGCACAUAACCCGCUUGAGGAGUUCUUUGAGGCAGAUAGGAGGAAUCCAGAGGAGGAAAAACCUCUUGUCUAUGGACGUAGUUGGAAGGCUUCAGAACUGCGUCUCAAGUCAUGGGAUGAUCUGCAGAAGUUAUGGUACGUCCUACUUAAGGAAAAGAACAUGCUCAUGACUCAGCGACAGAUGCUUCAUGCUCAAAACUUAAGGUUCCCUAAUCCAGAACGCCUACCUAAGUCAAUGUGCAGGUUAGAAAAUCAAUGUGUAGAAUCAAGCAUGUACUGACUGAAAGAGCGAUUGAAGAUCCAGAUCCUCGGAGAACUGCUGAAAUGAAGGGAAUGAUAAACGCUUUGUGAUACUUUCACUGGAUCAUCAUUUGAGCACCUUGAUAUAUUUGAAGAAAAUUCUUGUCAGCUCGCUCGCUGUGAGCUUGAUUUACCUCUCAUGUUGAGCACUUUUGAGUGUAGAAAGAAUAUGAUUAAUAGCUUGGCAGUUGGCACUUCAUGAAUAGCCACGCUUGUUAUCGUUUUAAUUUCCAAGAAAUGAAUGAUACGCAAACCCAAACUUGUAAGUGUUUUAAUUGGUGUAUAGGCAUUAUGCCUAGUGAAGAUGGAUAUAAUCGGGUGAUUCCGCUGGUGGCA